ACGUUGACGGACGCAUGUAAAACCUGCCUCAGUAGAACAAAUUCCUGUUUGAUCUGCAGAGUUAGAACUAGUCCAACUGUGUUCCUACAACUAAAUUCACACAAUGGAUUUCCAGCACAGGGCUGGAGGGAAGACCGGAACAGGAGGCGUUGCCUCUGCCUCCGAAUCUAACAGAGAUAGAAGGGAACGUCUACGACAGCUGGCCCUGGAGACAAUAGAUCUUCUCAAGGAUCCUUACUUUAUGAAGAAUCACUUGGGCUCCUAUGAGUGUAAGCUGUGUUUGACUCUCCAUAAUAAUGAGGGCAGUUAUUUGGCUCACACACAAGGCAAGAAACAUCAGGCCAAUCUUGCUCGACGUGCAGCAAAGGAAGCUAAAGAAGCCCCAGCUCAACCUGCACCAGAAAAAGCUCGUGUUGAUAUAAAAAGGUUCGUCAAGAUUGGACGUCCUGGUUAUAAAGUGACAAAGCAGAGAGACCCUGACAACGGACAACAGAGUCUUUUGUUUCAGAUUGAUUACCCUGAAAUUGUGGAGGGAAUAAUGCCACGUCAUCGGUUUAUGGCAGCUUAUGAACAAAAGAUGGAACCACCAGACAGAAAAUGGCAGUACCUUUUGUUUGCAGCAGAACCUUAUGAGACUAUUGCAUUCAAGGUUCCUAGUCGUGAAGUAGACAAGGACUCCAAGAAGAUCUGGUCUCACUGGAAUAGGGAGACAAAACAGUUUUUCCUUCAGUUUGCCUUCAAGAUAGACUCCAAACCAACAUCAUCUGCACCACAGCCACCACCCAGUGGACCGCCUCCUCCUUCUUCACAACCUCCAUCACAACCCUCAGCACAACCUCCCAGUGCCCCUGCUCCACAGCUUCCUCCUCCUCCAAGAAUGCCGCCACCCCCUCGCAUGCCUCCUCCCCCUCCUGUUCCCCAUCCAAUGCAGAUGAGUGGAAAUGCACCUCCUCCUCGACCCCCUAUGAACUUCCCACCCAUGCCUCCAGGUCCUCCACCCAUGGCCCCUCCUCCUAUGCCUCCAGGAAGUGCCCCUCUACCAGGUCCUCCACCUCCUGGACCCCCUCAAAGCAUGCCAGCACCACCCCCUCCUCCUGUUCCUCCCCCCAUGGUGCCUUCAGCAGCACCACCCAUGCUUCCUUCUGCCCCUGCCCCUCCCCCGCCACCCCCACCCUCAAAUCCACCAGGAUCUUCAUCUUAAGUCAUACAGAUGGCAGCUGGAUUUUAUUCAUGGGAUUAUCACUACACACGGCUUUACAAAUUUCAAAAUGGACAUACAUUUUUUUCAUCAGACAAAGAUUUCAAAGUGAACAUGUAUCCUAUUUCAUGAGAUCAUGAAUGAUUAAGACUGAAUAAAGACAAUAUUUAGAUUAUUGUUAAUUGUUGUAUAGAUUACAAAAGUCGUGUAAAGCAGUUUCAUUGUUUAACAUAUAAAUGUAAAUAUUA